AUGGGAAGAUGUCAUCUAUUUCUACAUACUUUCACUAUCAGUUUGCUGUGUCUUUCCGUCCAAAUUAUCUCCUGCUUAGCGGAUACAUGCCAAGAUGCCGAACAAGAAGCAAUACGCAAGUUUUAUAGAGGGGAAAUUUCCGAGCCGUACAGUUGUGUAGAUAAACAUGGUAUUUCACAUGGAGAGAAAUGUAAUAAGAAAUGCAAUGCAAUCAUGACUUAUGUUGGAAUAUAUGGAUGUGAUCCAGCAUUUUUAGAUUUACAAUGUCCAUUAAGAAAACAGAGGAAACGACGCUCGUCACAUUCAUUAGAAUCUGAGUGUAACACGCAGACGACUUUUUGCUCGUCUGAAUACGAAUACCGUACCAUAGACGGCUCAUGUAAUAAUAUACGGAACCCUUUUUGGGGCAAGUCACAUAGGGCUCAAAGAAGGGACUUGCCAAAUGCAUACGAUGACGCAAAGGGUAGCCCACGUACAAUAGGCUGCAGCGGGAAACUGCCGAGUCCACGCCACAUAAGUAAUAUUAUACACAGAGCAGACGACAAUAUGGUGUUUGAUGAACGGUUAAGUUACAUGAUGAUGCAAUUCGGACAGUUUCUGGCUCAUGACGUUGUUCUAACCGAACUUAUGAAAA